CUCUGUACAUCAACUAGUUUUCUGUAUAUCCAUUUUCAGCCAUUCAUUCUUUCGUUAUUCUAUCAUAUAUAUUAAUUUCUAUAUGCUGUUGAAGUCUCCUCCAAGUUUAUUAAAAAUGGUGAUGGCUAAUUUAAUUGGUGUAUUGUUAAUAAUAGAGGUGAUAGUAAGUGGUUUUCCAUUUGGAGCCGAUGGGCUAAGCAUGGGUUACUACAUAAUGAAUUGCCCAUUAGCUGAACCAAUCGUCAGACAUACUGUUACAAGAGCUCUUGAUGCUGAUCCUACUCUCGCAGCAGCCCUCGUCAGAAUGCAUUUCCAUGAUUGUUUCAUAGAGGGAUGUGAUGGGUCAGUCCUUCUUGAUUCAACAAACGAUAACACAGCAGAGAAAGACUCCCCUGCCAAUUUAAGCCUACGAGGUUAUGAAGUUAUUGAUGAUGCUAAGGAGGAGCUUGAAAAUCAAUGUCCUGGUGUUGUCUCCUGCGCUGAUAUUGUUGCAAUGGCUGCUAGAGAUGCUGUCUUCUGGGCUGGAGGCCCAGUGUAUGAUAUACCAAAUGGAAGAAAGGACGGAAGAAGAUCAAAGAUAGAAGACACAAUCAAUCUUCCUUCUCCAGGCUUCAAUACCUCUCAGCUUAUCAAAAUGUUUGGGCAGCAUGGUUUCUCUGUCAAAGAUAUGGUUGCUUUGUCUGGGGCACAUACACUUGGAGUGGCAAGGUGUUCAUCAUUCAAAAAUAGAUUGAAUAAUGUUGAUCCAACUUUAGGUUCUGAGUUUGCAAAGACAUUAUCAAAGACAUGCAGUGGUGGUGACAACGCAGAGCAACCUUUUGAUGCCACCAGAAAUACUUUCGAUAAUUUUUACUUCAAUGCAUUACAGAGGAAAUCCGGGGUGCUUUUUUCAGACCAAACAUUAUAUACAGAUGCGAGAACUAGAGGCAUUGUUAAUGAUUAUGCCAGGAACCAAGCUAUGUUUUUCUUAAAUUUUCAGCAGGCUAUGGGCAAAAUGAGCUUGCUUGAUGUUAAGGAAGGAGCUCAAGGAGAAAUAAGAUCAAAUUGUCGCAAAAUUAACUGA